AUGGAUCCUCCCUCAGGGCCACGAGGCCACCCAGGCCCUGUCCUGGAUCCUAGAGGCAUGGCCACUCCUGCCUCACCUAGCCUGUUGGAUAGCUCCGGCCUGGGCCACCUCCCAGCACUCAGCCCUACUAAGGCAGCCGAGGCUCAGGCAGCUGCCUGGGUCCCCUUCCCCACGGUGGACAUUCCAGACCAUGCCCACUACACCCUGGGCACGGUCGUCCUACUGGUGGGGCUGACAGGGAUGCUGGGCAACCUGACGGUCAUCUAUACCUUUUGCAGGUGUCUGCUCCCAACUGUGUCUGGCCUCCACAGGAGCCGGAGCCUACAGACACCCCCCAACAUGCUCAUCAUCAACCUGGCGGUCAGCGACUUCCUCAUGUGCUUCAGCCAGGCGCCCGUCUUCUUCGCCAGCAGCCUCUAUAAGCGGUGGCUCUUUGGGGAGGCAGGCUGCGAGUUCUAUGCCUUCUGCGGAGCUCUCUUUGGCAUCACCUCCAUGAUGACCCUGACGGCCAUCGCGCUGGACCGCUACCUGGUGAUCACACACCCACUGGCCUCCAUCGGGGUGGUGUCCAAGCGGCGGGCAGGGCUGGUCCUGCUGGGAGUCUGGCUUUAUGCCCUGGCCUGGAGCCUGCCCCCCUUCUUCGGCUGGAGUGCCUACGUGCCCGAGGGGCUGCUGACCUCGUGCUCCUGGGACUACAUGCGCUUCACACCGUCCUUCCGCGCCUACACGCUGCUCCUCUUCUGCUUCGUCUUCUUCCUGCCCCUGCUCGUCAUCAUCUACUGCUACAUCUUCAUCUUCAAGGCCAUCUGGGAGACGGGCCAGGCUCUCCAGAUGUUCAGAGUCCACGAGGGCGGCUGCGAGUUCCCGCAGCAGCGGCAGCGGCUGCAGAGUGAGUGGAAGAUGGCCAAGAUCAUCCUGCUGGUCAUCCUUCUCUUUGUGCUCUCCUGGGCGCCCUACUCCGCAGUGGCCCUGCUGGCCUUUGCCGGGUACUCUCAUGUGCUGACGCCCUACAUGAACUCAGUGCCUGCCGUCAUUGCCAAGGCUUCUGCCAUCCACAACCCCAUCAUUUAUGCCCUCACGCAUUCCAAGUACAGAAUGGCCAUUGCCCAGUACCUGCCAUGCCUGGGGCUGCUGCUGGGGGUGUCGGGCCAGCAGCCCCGCCUGUACACCAGCUACCGCUCCACGCACCGCUCCACGCUGAGCAGCCAGGCCUCGGACCUCAGUUGGGCUUCCGGGUGCAGGCGCCAAACGUCCCUGGGCUCUGAGACUGAGGUGGCCUGGACAGACACCGAAGCUGCUACGGUGUGGGGGGCCAUGAGUGGAAGAUCCCACUGUGCCCAGGGCCUGGAGGACUUGGAAACCAAGGUCCCUCACGAACUCCCAGGACUGGAUGCCGAGGAUCUUGGGAAGACCAAGGGGCUGCUCCCCAGCCUGGAGUCAAGGAUGUAGGGCAUCGCCUCUCUUCCGAGACGCCCAGCUCCCCCGGGGCCCUGCGACGCACACACUCUGAUCCCGGAUUGC